AUGAAAUGGACCUAUGAUAAUGAGCAAGUGUCGAUCACGUUGUUGACGUGUUGCCUCGCAAACCAACAGUCAUCACAACAAGUUCUGGUCUGCUUUACAAGUACGGAGUUCAGUGAUAUCGAUUUCCAUUUCUAUAUGAGCCCGUCUUCAUCUGUUCUUCAGGAAUUGUCUGAUCUUACGCCGCCCUCGCCUAUUCUAAGUCCAACUUCGGGCCAGCUACCUACGUCUUGGACCUCUGGCGAUAUUCCCAUCAUACUAUUUCAAAAUGGCUCAAGUUCAACAGUCGAUUUCUCUCUACCAGAUGUCCCCGAUGAAGUACAACCUGCCAUCUAUGUCGGGCUGGAAACUGCCCUUACAACUGCAAGAAGCGCGUUAAAUGACAACGACACCUGCUCUGUCUCUGACAAAUCCUUCAUCAGUUUCCGUACCGCCCUAACUGCAGUUGACUCGGGUUUGUCUCUCUGCUCCGUCACCGAUGCACAAUAUAUCAAGGUGAACAACGGAGCAGGAAGCGUGGUGCUUAACAGCCAUCCCUCCCACUUGACGUUUGGCCCUCGUUCUUCAUUCUACGCACAAUUUCCCGCCUCUACCUCAGUUGCACUUUCUACGUCAUCUUGUUCUUCGUCUCUGUAUAGCUAUACAAGUCUUAAGCCAUGGCAGAAAAAUGAUGCUCGUUCACUCAGAGCCUAUCCUUCCAAAGAAAGCCUCACGUCCUACACGUCCCUAUCCAGGACACCAUCGACAAUCUACGAGGUUCUGCGAGGCCCCGAGCUUCCUGAGUCUCUGUUAUGGCUCAAGGACAUCAACAUUGAUCUGCUCAUCGACCAGGAGGGCUUCCGUGCCGUACAUCCAUCGUUCAGAUUUGUGGGGUACUCCCCUCAUACUCGGUCCCUAGAUCCACAAGGCGGCGUGAUUGAUGGAGACGUAGCUGAAUUUAUGCCCGCCAAGCGUCAAGUGCUCAAUUUGCAUUAUGCCCUCUUCGAUGGUCUACCCAUUCUGCGACAAGUUACGGUGAACGGAGAGGAGGAUUGUGACUGCAUUUCAAGGCAGGUAACACUCAGCCUCAAAUGCAAUGACGUGUACACUGUACGCGGGAGCGAAACUGCCUCUUUAUACACAUAUCAUUAUGGCAAUGGUUCCCGAACUCACAAACUGCGUUGGAAAUUUGACUCCUUGGUAGACUAUAGAAGGCAUAACGAAGGCUCGGGUAGAGUGCUUGACGGAGAAAAGACUUUGACGCCUCUCACUUUCUCAUGCUCGCCUCUGCUCCUCGACCCUUCGCAGGGCAAGAAAAUUCGACUAAUGCAUAUCGUCAGGAAGAGCGUUGUCGCGAAGCUUGUGGCUGAGAAGGUGGAGCCAACGCCCAGUAGACGCGUUUCUGCACCCUCAUCUCCAACAAUAUUGUCCAGCCCAAGCGCUGACGGGCACGGUUACAGGCUCCCACCCCGGGCGUGGAAUCUGAGGGGCUCGCUCCUGCGUAUGCCACGCCCUUCACGACACGUUGCCUCAAACGUCGAUGUCGAUGGACAGAUUCUGGGGAAUGAAGAAAAUCUCAUGGGAAGGAUACAGCGUCGUCAUCGGGCCUCGUCUGCGGAUGAAAGGAAGCGAAGACAUGCAGAUGGAUACACCCAGUUCGGUGUGCCACUUGAAAGAGAUAACUUCCCGACUAGCCUCGUCAACUACCAAAGGUAUAACAUGGUCACAUCUAGACUUGGCAUAUCUUUAUCUCUCCGCAUUAGGCUCGAAUAG